CUACAAUAGUGUAACAGGACUCUACUAACUUGAAUCCACUUUACCACCAACUUCUGAAUCAUUUGUUUCCUCUAAACAUGGACUGUAACUGGAAUCCUGGAACUUGGAUUGGUUUUUAACUAGGACUUUUUGGACCUCCAAGGUUAAGAUCCCCUCCUCAUCAUGUCCUGCCAAUCAGACCCUUACAUCUUCUCCAGCGACACCUUACCUAGCGACCUCCGCUUCCUUCCUCCGUUGGCGAAUGGGCUACUGGGAUGGAGGGUGUACAACAACAUCAUGCACAUGGGCGGUGUGUAUAACGGAGAAGGUGGGCGCUGUCAUCGAGCAGAUGUCCCUUGUCCUCUAGCUGUGAGGGUCAUGAUAGAGGAACCGGCCAGGCACACCUACAGCCUGAACACCCACACAGGUGUUUUUACCCACACGAUGAGCUCGGCAAGUGUUACAGUGUCACAGUCCUUGUAUUCACAUCGAUACUACCCCAACCUGAUGGUGAUGGAGGUUCUCUUAGUGCGCCAGGUGACGUCAGAGGAGCCAAUCACUGUCCAGCUGCUCAGUUCCUUCACACCUCAGAGCAAAGAUAUUGCUUUUCAAUCAGGGCCUGAUUACAAAGGUGGAAGCCACAUCUAUGGAAAGACGACCAGUGCAGAGAUCCCUGGAGGUUUCUGCCCUGAGGUGCACCUGAUCUGGACACCUAUACCCCCUUCCUUGACAUUGCUUCCAGAGCAGAGCCAGGCUCGCUGGGGCUUCAUCCUGACCGUGGCCAAUAGUUUAGACUCUGCCGAGGCCAGUUUUGACGAAGGCCUGAGUCUAAUGGCGACUGGUGGCCUUCGUCCCUCUCAUGAGAAGGCUUGGAAGGAACUGUGGCUGCAGAGCAAAGUGGAGGUGGUGGGGUCGGAGAGCCUCUGCAAAGCUGUGAUUGGCUGCUUGUUCUACCUCCUCGGUGCCUUUCCCUCCAUACACGACACCACCAGAUCCUUUGGUGGGGUCAGUCCAGGUGGGCUGUCUAAUGGAGGGGAUGGUCAGGAUUACUGGGGCCAUGUAUUCUGGGAUCAGGACAUUUGGAUGUAUCCUGGCAUAGCCCUUUUCUACCCAAAGCUAGCUCGAGCUGUGCUGGAGUACAGGGUGGGGACAAUGGAUGGUGCAAAAGACAACGCCCAGAAGCAGGGCUAUAAGGGACUGAAGUUCCCAUGGGAGAGCGCUGUGUCAGGGAGGGAGGUGUGUCCAGAGGACAUCUAUGGACAGCAAGAGAUUCACAUUAAUGGAGACGUCACUCUGGCCUUCCAACACUAUCUCUACCUCACUGAGGAUCUGUCCAUGUUCACAGAGGGCAGAGGAAGUGAACUAAUCUAUGGUGUGGCUGAUUACUGGGUAUCCAGAGUCACAUGGAACCCUGGGGACCAGAAGUACCAUCUCUUGGGUGUCAUGCCACCUGAUGAGUACUACUACAAUGUCAACAACUCUGUUUACACAAACACAGCAGCCAAAUUCAGUUUACAGUUUGCAGUAGAGCUGGCUGCCCUCCUUCGACAUCCAGCACCAAAAGAAUGGCAGGAAGUGGCAGAAAACCUCCAAAUACCUUUUGAUGAGGAAUCCCAGUACCAUCCUGAGUACGACGGCUACACUAAAGGUCAUCCAGUGAAGCAGGCAGAUGCAGUGAUGUUGGGAUAUCCUCUUGGACUGCCAAUGUCCCUAGAAGUCAGGAAAAAUGACCUUGAAGCGUAUGAGCCAGUGACGGACCCUCACGGUCCAGCCAUGACAUGGGGAAUGUUUGCAAUUGGCUGGCUGGAGCUGGGAGAGGCAGAGAAAGCUCAUGGUUUACUUCAGAAAUGCUUUAACAACAUCCAGGGGCCUUUUCAGGUAUGGAGUGAAUCAUCUGACGGAUCCGGUGCUGUCAACUUUCUCACGGGUAUGGGAGGAUUCCUGCAAGCUGUACUGUUUGGUUACACUGGAUUCAGAGUUCAGAGGGAUUGCCUGGCCUUUUCCCCACUUCUGCCCAAGGACAUUUCUGAGCUGUGUGUCCGUGGUGUGAACUACCUGGGCAGUCAGAUGGACUGGCUGAUGAGAAAAGAUGACAUCUGUAUCAUAUUGAGGGAACAGACAAGCAGUGCUGACAAAAUUCCAUCCCAUAAUCUGCAUGUUGUCCUGAAGGCAUCAGGAACUAUAAUCCCACUCGUACCAGGUCAGCCUGUAACUUUUGCUCGUGAGCCUGGAUGUAUUUGUAAAACAGCUUCACCGUCUUCCUGUUGGCCUUUCUGAACCUGCAUCCAUGACCAUCAUGUUUGAGCUCAUGUACCGAAAUUAAAAUAAGUCAUGCUAAAACCAUUUAUUUUAUAAAAGCAGCUCCCUUUAUAUUGUAUGUUACCAUUUAAAGUCGAACAAGACUAAAAUUAUACUGGACUGUUUUGAUUGAUUUGAAAAAUAGAAAAAUAUAAGAUCACUUCUUUUUUCUCCUCUUAUUAUUUUGCUGAAUCCCAUCUCUGAAUUGAUGCACAAUUAAGUACUACAUGACAUUUUAAAAGCAGAUAAAUGCUUUAUUUAGCUUCCUGUGAUUGAUGUUUUGAUAUACUUUGUUACAAAAACAGAAACAAAGAAACAACUACAUUUUUGUGAAUAAAUCAAAACAUUCCUUACAUUCUGUUUAAUUAAAUAAAGUAAAUUUUGCUUUGUGUCUUUUCCUGGUUCCACCUUGUAGGCAAAGGUUUACCUUGAUCUUUGCUAUUUUAUUACUAUAGAUG